AUGUAUUUGAUGUACUAUUUAAACGAUAAGGGUGAACGUAUUUACACUCUCAAGAAAACUGAUCCCAAGGGCAUGCCUACUAAAUCAGCCCACCCAGCUCGUUUCUCACCUGAUGAUAAAUUCUCUCGCCAUCGUGUCACCCUUAAGAAGAGAUACAACUUACUACCUUAUCAACGCCCUGCACGCGCUUUAUAA